CCUGGCCUGCAGGCUGUCCGACGGUGCCCGAGUCCUUCCGGCCUCUCGAAAGCGAGGCAAUGCCGGGGAGCCGGCGUCCGAGGGUCCGUUCCGGGAACGAGCCUCGUCCCGCGCCCGCCAUGGAGUCGGCGGGUGGCGGGGCCUGGGCCCACUGCCGCGCCGCGCUCGCCCGUCUGGAGAAACUGCUGCGCUGCUCGCGUUGUAAUAAUAUUCUGAGGGAGCCUGUGUGCUUAGGAGGGUGUGAGCACAUCUUUUGUAGUGAUUGUGUAAGCGACUGCAUUGGAACAGAGUGUCCAGUAUGUUACACCCCAGCCUGGAUACUAGAUGUUAAGAUGAACAGACAAUUGGACAGCAUGAUCCAGCUGUGUAGCAAGCUUCGAAACUUGCUACAUGACAAUAAGCUUUCAGAUUUGAAAGAAGAUACAUCUAGAACAAGUUUAUUUAAUGAUGCAGAAAACAAGAAGAAUUCAAUAAAAAUGUGGUUUAGUCCUCGAAGUAAGAAGGUCAGAUACGUUGUGAAUAAAGUUUCAGUGCGAACGCAGCCUCAAAACACAGAAGGUGGAAAAGUUCAGCAAACCUCAAUGUAUGAAUUUGUUUCCACAAGUCCUCCUGCAGUUGCUUCUAAGAAGCCUAAAAAGGCUUCCAAAACACCUGCAAAUAAGGCAAAAAAGAGAUCUCUAGAUGAAAUUAACCAAGAAUGGAAUUUAGAUACAGAAAAAAAUGUUGGUGAACUUGACUUCAAAGAGGAAUGUAAAGAAAAGCUGGUAUCCUUCUGUAGCCAACCAUCUGUUAUCGCUAGUCCACAGAUAAAUGGUGAAAUAGACUUACUAGCAAGUGACCCUAUAACAGACUCUGAAUGUUAUGGAAGCCCAACUGAUGUCUUUUUAACAUUGGCUGAGCAUAUAGAGUCUCCAGACAUUGAGAGCAAGAAUGAAGUGAUUCCUGAGAAGGUCUGUGAAAAUGAUCUUACUUCUAACACAUCUUUGCCAUUAGGUCAUAAUGGAAAACGUGGAUGUAGCUAUAGACUUUCCAGUCCCAUUUCUAAGAGAUGUAGAAGCAGUAUUCCAAGUACUAGUUGGAAUUUUGUUAAGCAAAAAAUAGCACUUACAGAAAACAUACCAUUGCUUGACUAUUCUUCAGUACCUUCAAGCAAAGUUAAAGUUGAUGGCAUGUUCAGGAGGAAAAACAGUAAUGUAUCCGAUGACUCCAUUAGCCUUUCGCCAUGUACACCACCUGCUGCACUGAAUAGUUCAACUUACAGACGAAUGAUAUCAAGCCCCUCCACAAUGAAACUUUCACCCAGUAGCCUUGUGGCUAGAAAGAGAAAUCAUAAAGGAGAGACUUUGCUGCAUAUCGCUUCUAUAAAGGGCGAUGUACCUUCUGUGGAAUACCUUUUGCAAAAUGGAAGUGACCCGAAUGUUAAAGACUAUGCUGGAUGGACACCACUGCAUGAAGCCUGCAAUCAUGGACACCUGAAGGUAGUGGAGUUGCUGCUCCAGCAUAAGGCAUUGGUGAACACCACUGGCUACCAGAAUGACUCCCCACUUCAUGACGCAGCCAGGAAUGGGCACGUAGAUAUCAUCAAGCUGUUACUGUCCUAUGGAGCCUCCAGAAACGCUGUUAACAUAUUUGGUCUGCGGCCGGUGGAUUAUGCAGAGAGUGAAAAUAUGAAGUCAUUAUUGCUGCUACCAGAGAAUAGUGAAUCAUCUUCAACUAGCCAUUGCUCGGUAGUGAACACUGGGCAGCGUAGGAAUGAACCGCUUGUGCUUAUUGGUAGUGGGCUUUCUUCAGAACAGCAGAAAAUGCUCAGUGAGCUUGCAAUAAUUCUGAAGGCCAAAAAAUGUGCUGAGUUUGACAGUGCAGUAACUCAUGUCAUUGUUCCUGGUGACGAGGUUCAAAGUACUCUGAAGUGUAUGCUUGGGAUUCUCAAUGGAUGCUGGGUCCUGAAGUUUGAUUGGGUGAAAGCAUGUCUACAAAGAAAAAUAUGUGUAGAGGAAGAAAAGUAUGAAAUUCCUGACAGUCCAUACAGAAGCAGGCUCAAUAGAGAACAGCUGUUGCCAAAGCUGUUUGAUGGUUGCUACUUCUAUUUUGGGGGAACUUUCAUACAUCAUCCAAAGGACAACCUUAUGAAGCUUGUCAUUGCAGCAGGGGGCCAGAUCCUCAACAGAAAGCCCAAGCCAGAUAGUGACGUGACUCAGACCAUCAACACAGUUGCGUACCACGCCAAGCCCGAGUCUGAUCAGCGCUUCUGCACACAGUAUAUCAUCUACGAGGAUUUGUCCAAUUAUCGCCCAGAAAGGGUUCGGCAAGGCAAAGUGUGGAUGGCUCCUUCAAGCUGGCUUAUAAGCUGUGUGAUGUCCUUUGAGUUGCUUCCCCUUGAAAGCUGA